CACCAGCCCAUGGACCAUGAGACCGUGACCUGAGCCGCAAUCAAGAGUUGGACACUUAACCAACGGAGCCACCCAGGCGCCCCUCCUUUUCUAGAUUUACAAAAACCCUGUUGUUUGUAGUAUUUUGCACCUGGCUUCUCUGAGCAGAGCACUUUUAAGAUUCAUCCAUGCUGCAUGAAGCAACAGUUCUCUUUUUAUUGCUGAGUAGUGUCCCAUCGUACAUUUGGACUAGUUCCGAUUUGGGGCUAUCGUGAAGAAAGCUUCUGUGAGCACUUGCACACAAGUCCCCGCAUGGAGAAGAACGAUCAGGUCAUAUGUAAGUUGGUUUCACGAUUGUAAGAAGCUGCCGAACUGUUUUCCAAAGUGGUGGUACCAUUUUUGCGUUCCCAUCAGCAGCGUCCAAGAGUUCCGGCUGCUCCACAUCUUCAACAACACUCGGUAUUCACUAUUACGAGUAAAACUAUUUGUACGUUUUUAACUUUUUGAAAAUUGUUUUCUAUUCUCUGAUUUCCUCCGGAAAGCCUUCUCUUUUAUGCCGCUGUUUUAUCUCAAGUAUCUGGUGAGCUCUGGUUGUCCAUAGUGAGGAAUGAAGUGCUAGGGGGUUUUAAUUGCAGUGGCUGGGAUGUGUCCCCCACCCUGCACCUGUUCUCAGUUCUGUUAUGGCUUUUGACAUUUUAUACAUCUUCACUGUCAUUUCAGUGGGAACUCGAGGAAGAAAAAGGGGAAAUGCGUUCAGUUCAGUCCACCAGCUUGAAAUGAAAGCUUUGUUUCUUUUAACGAUGAGGCAGUGUUUGCCAUUGGAGUCACGGUGUGUGGCAAAGAGUGGGUGCUUAAGUAUUUGUGAAAUUCAACAAAUUAAGAGGAUUUGUUGUAUAACUAUGUCAGAACUUAAAUCAACCUCCUAUUGCUCCACAUUCAGAUUGUUUCCAGUUCUCUGCUUAUUGAUAACUCUGCUAUUACAUAUAGAGUUAGAGGGAGAUAAGAAACUGAGUUGGCAGAGGAGAGAAGGAGAUAAAAAAAGAAGACAAUGAUAGAGAUGAAGACAGAAAAUGGAGAUGGAGGUGACGUGAAAGAGAUGCAAAUGAUGGUGAUAAUGGAAGUUAAACUGUGGGCAAGGAAAAUGGCAUUGUGGCUUCAACUCUAUCUUGGGUCUCUUUCCUCCAUAACCCAGGGUCCAGGAGCCAGUGCAGCAUGGUGGGUAAGAGGCAGUGGGCUUCGUUCAAAUUCUGGCUCAAUUACUCACUGCCUGUGUGACCUGGGCAAGUCAUUUAACCUAAGCCUCAGCUUAUUCAUGUGUAAAAUGGGCCUACGGAUGCUGUCUUCCUCAUGGAGUGGUCGUGAAGAUGAAAGGAGAGAAGUUUGUAAAGCACCUUGGACCAAGGAUGGCACAGAAUAAGUACUCAAUGGAUGUUAGCUGCUGCUGCUGGUGAGGCUGUGCAGGCGUGGACGGGAGGCUGUGGUGAAGCAACGCCGGGAGCUGCAUGCAAGGGGUGAUGCUCAAGGGGUGCCUCAAACGGACAUGUGAAAUCUCUACACUUUUUUUUUUUUUAAUAUUCUAUUUCCUACGCUGAUUCCUCAGCAACUCCUACCCAUACCAUCUCUGACUGCUUCCAACAUCCACUUACAGGUACCAACGACUGUGGACACACGCGCUCUUCAGAGCUUCCCUUAAGACUUCCUUGGGGCCUUCUCAUCAGAGCACAAGACGCUUCUGGGACCAGAGCCAGCGCCAGUCUUAAAUCUGCCCCAGAAGCCCAGCCCAGCACCAUCAGGCACAGGACCAUGGAGGGCAGGAAGGGACAUCCCUAAAGGACAGGUGUAGCAGCAGAAACUGUGCUUUACCCCUCCCGAGACUUUCGGUACUGCUCAAGAGGACCAUAAAGGUGGCUGGGAUUAGGCCCUGAGCCGAAUGAAGGCCGCGCUACCAGAAGCCCCCAGGACUCAGUAUUCCAAGAACGCCGAACCACGGAGAAAAAACGACCACAAACCAAGCGUCCAGCGCCUGCGCUAGAACCACCGCUCCCAAGAUCCUUCGCGGCCAAGUCGCUUCCCGUUUCAGGUCCCAGCCGUGGAAUUCCGGUGAACCUGAACGGAACGUGGACCAAGCAUGAUGGAAGAGAGAUUCCGGGAGCAGGAACAGGCGGAGCCUCUCUGGGAAAUAUGGUUCACAAGGGUGUGCGGGUCACAAACCGGGCACCGAGAGCGAAAGAUGUUUCGGUGAGGAGCUGGGCCCGGAGACUUCUGGGAAGUGGAGUCCGUUGGGGCGGGGAGGUCCGUACGCAUGGCCGGAAGUGACGCUAUUCGAACGCGUCCCCUUAGGCGCGCGAGCUGGGCCUGGCGCUUGGCAAUCCCUGCGGCUAGGGUUUCUGAGUUCACACUGGUACCCGGUAGCGUUCUCGGGUAGCCGGCGGCGGCUUUUUCCACGCAGCACUCUGCUUGAGACCGAGUCGGUGGUUGCGCCACGGGCUCCCCAGCCGCGAGGCCUGGCUGCCGCUGGGGAGACAGAUCCGACUGGACAGGCCUGACCAGAGUUCCCAGGGCCAGACCCGGCGUCUGACAGCAGAAGCCGGAGGCAGAGCAGGCCUGCAGAACGCGGCUGGGGCUCGGAGAACUGCUGGGAGGCGGUGGCGCGAGGUGGCAUCCAAAUGCUGGAGGAAGGAGAGCCACCUUCUCCAGACCCUGUCCUUCCCCGUGAGGAAACCACAGGAGAUGAAGGAAUGGCAGCUGGUCUCACAGUUGGGACCCACGGAUCCAUGCCCUUCAGCAGUGUGACUGUAGCUUUUACCCAGGAUGGGUGGAGGCACUUGAUCCCUGCUCCUAAGGACAGGUUCAAGGAGGGGAUACCAGAAAACACCAGGAACUUGGUCCUGCUGGGACUUCCAGUGUCCCAGCCUGGCAUGAAUUCUCAGUUGGAACAAAGGGAAGAAGGCCCGUGGAUGCUGGAGGGAGGAGGCCUGAGGAGCACCUGCACCGACUGGAAGAUUAUGUCUGAAUCACCACCCGAGCAAGACAUUUCUGAAAAUUCGUUCCAAGACACAAGUAUAGAGAUGCCCCCUGGGCAGUCAGACCCCAGGAACAGUGAACCGGGGAAGGGCUUCAACCUGAGACCAGUCCUUUCUCCACAACAGGGAGUUCCUACAGAAGUGAGACCCCGCAAAUGGGAAGCACAUACAAGGAGCCUCAGGAAAAAUUCAGAUACCACGAAGCCUCACAGAGCGAAACCAUAUACGUGCAGUGAAUGCGGCAAAGCCUUCAGUUACUGCUCCUCCCUGUCUCAGCACCAGAAGAGUCACACUGGGGAGAAACCGUAUGAGUGCAAUGAAUGUGGGAAGGCUUUCGGCCAGAGUUCAUCGCUCAUUCAGCACCAGAGGAUUCACACCGGAGAGAAGCCUUACAAAUGCAACGAAUGUGGAAGGGCCUUCAGCCAGAACGCCAACCUCACCAAACACCAGCGAACUCACACGGGAGAGAAGCCCUACAGAUGCAGCGCGUGCGACAAGGCCUUCAGUGACUGCUCGGCCCUCGUCCAGCAUCAGCGAAUCCACACAGGAGAAAAGCCCUACGAGUGCAGCGACUGCGGGAAGGCCUUCCGCCACAGCGCGAAUCUCACAAACCACCAGAGGACGCACACAGGGGAGAAGCCGUACGAGUGCGGGGAGUGUGGGAAGGCCUUCAGUUACUGCGCCGCCUUCAUUCAGCACCAGCGAAUCCACACGGGGGAGAAACCCUACAAGUGUGGCGCAUGCGGGAAGGCCUUCAGCCAGAGCGCAAACCUCACAAACCACCAGAGGACUCACACGGGAGAGAAGCCCUACAAGUGCAGCGAGUGUGGGAAGGCCUUCAGCCAAAGUACAAACCUCAUAAUCCACCAGAAGACCCACACUGGGGAGAAGCCCUAUAAAUGUAAUGAGUGUGGGAAAUUUUUCAGUGAGAGUUCAGCCCUCAUUCGACAUCACAUCAUUCACACAGGAGAAAAACCCUAUGAGUGCAAUGAAUGUGGGAAGGCGUUUAACCAGAGCUCCUCCCUAAGUCAGCAUCAGAGAAUCCACACUGGUGUGAAACCCUAUGAAUGUGCCGAGUGUGGGAAGGCCUUCAGGUGUAGUUCAGCUUUCAUUAGACAUCAGAGACUCCAUGCUGGGGAGUAACCAGAAACAACCAAAAAGCAGGUAGGGACCUGACAGGCAUUGCAGGUAGUUUGAAAACCUCUGGAGACAUCGGGCUUUUUAUAGUCUGUAGCUCAGAGCCACAUGCAAAAAAAAAAAGCACCUUUAAUAAAUAGUCCCUACUUUACAUGUUGUA